UACUUCCUCAUUCCUGCAGUCCAUGCCUGUUGGUCCAACCUAAUCUUCCAGCGAAUAGGAAUGUAGUCUUUCCACUGCAGCGGAGGAAAGCCUCUCCCCGGAACUUUCUUGACAACUUCAUUACUGCUGGCUUUGUUUCCUUGUGUCACCUGUACGCGCGCAGAGGAGGAGGAGUCCGGACAGGAGGAUCUGAGAUAAAAAGUGCAGGCAGGCAGGCUGAGGAUGCAGGGAAGCUGUUACGAGUCGACACAAAGCGCUCAACAUGGCUAACUGGAUUAUCAACCAUGGACUCACAUCCUUCAUACUGGUGGUCUGGAUGGGCCUCAAUAUCUUCCUUUUCGUCAGGUUUUACCUGUUCUACGAUUUGGGGGAUCAGUUUUUCUACACGCGUCAUCUCUUGGGGUCUGCACUGGCCUGGGCCAGAGCUCCUGCUGCCGUUUUGAACUUCAACUGCAUGCUGAUCCUCCUCCCGGUGUGCAGGAACCUGCUGUCUCUGCUCCGGGGCUCCUUCGUGUGUUGUGGCAGAUCAAUGAGGAAGCAACUGGACAAAAAUCUGAGUUUCCACAAGCUGGUGGCCUACAUGAUAGCUCUGAUGACAGCUGUUCAUAUGAUCGCCCAUUUGUUGAACCUGGAGUGGUACAACAACAGCAGACAAAGAGUGUACGACGAACUCAGCACCGCUUUGUCCGACCUGGAGGACACAGAAAACACCACCUACCUGAACCCAGUCCGCAUAACAGACCUGGAUCCGCAGCAGAUUCCAACCUACUUUGCCUUCACCACCAUCGCUGGCCUCACAGGAGUCAUCAUCACUCUAGCCCUCAUCCUCAUCAUCACCUCCUCCAUGGAGGUCAUCAGACGCAGCUACUUUGAAGUCUUCUGGUACACCCACCAUCUCUUCGUCAUCUUCUUCGCCGGUCUCGUCUUUCACGGAGCCGGGCGCAUUGUGAGGAGUCAGCAGAACACAGAUAAACACAACUUCACUUUCUGUAAAGACCGCAUCGAUGACUGGGGACGGAUUCCCGAGUGUCCCAUCCCUCAGUUUGCAGGAGGAUUCCCGCAGACCUGGUUUUAUGUGAUCGGUCCGAUGGUUCUCUACCUUAUCGAGCGUCUGAUACGUUUCAUUCGUUACAUGCAGACGGUCAGAUACAGGAGGAUCGUGAUGCGGCCGUCCAAGGUGCUGGAGCUGCAGCUGGUGAAGAACGGUUUCAAAAUGGAGGUGGGUCAGUACGUCUUCCUCAACUGCCCGGCCAUCUCCCAGCUGGAGUGGCACCCGUUCACCAUGACCUCUGCCCCCGAGGAGGACUUCUUCAGCAUCCACAUCCGCUCGGCUGGGGACUGGACCGACAAACUCAUCGACAUCGUUCAGAAAUUACCAGAGGGAGCACAGGGACCCAAAAUGGGAGUUGACGGCCCAUUUGGCACAGCCAGUGAGGACGUAUUCGACUAUGAGGUGAGCAUGCUGGUCGGUGCCGGCAUCGGAGUCACUCCCUUUGCCUCCAUCCUCAAGUCCAUCUGGUACAAGUUCAAAGACUCCAACCCUAAACUGCGCACCAGAAAGAUCUACUUCUAUUGGCUUUGCCGGGAAACGCACGCCUUUGAAUGGUUUGCCGACCUCCUGCAGGUGCUGGAGAAAGAGAUGGAGGAGAGAGGCAUGGGGGAUUUCCUCACCUACAAGCUGUAUCUGACCAAGUGGGAUCAAAGCCAAGCCGAUCACGUGAUGGUUCACUCCGAUGAGGACAAAGACGUGAUCACUGGGCUCAGACAGAAAACCUACUACGGCAGACCCGCCUGGGACAAGGAGUUUGAACAAGUUCGCAAAGAGAACCCCACGUCUGUGGUGGGAACUUUCUUAUGCGGCCCUGAAGCUCUGGCAAAAGUCUUGGAGAAGAAAUGUGUGAAAUAUUCAGACGUGGAUCCCCGGAAAACCAAGUUUUAUUUCAACAAGGAGAACUUCUGAGGGAAAACAACAGGAAAGCAGCAUUUGGGUUCUUCUGAAGGACUGCUGGUGGCAGAUUUUCUUUUUUAUCUAUGGCUUAUUUUAAAGCAGUUAAUGACGAUGAAGACACACGGGUUGUCUGUCCGACAUCCUUUGAUGCCUGCUGGGUAUAUUUUGGCACAUUAGACUAAUGCACUGUGAUAAGAGGCAGGCCAUGUUGUUGUCAGCACUACUCAGGGCCCACUUUGAUUAAUCAUUAGGUCUUUAAAUUGUGUGACUAUUAGAAGAAGGUUCUUAUUUUAUCCAACCCCUGAAAAAAAUAAUUUACUGUCACGUAAGACAGAGGAAAACAGCAGGUCAUUGUGUGGAAGAAGCUGGAUUCAGUAAAAAUGUUUUUUUCUUAAAACAAAAGAUGAACUAUUAAAAUUCAAAAUUGAUUAAUGUUAAACCAAGCGAUUAAUCAUUAUAGCUCCACGUCAAUAUUUAACUGACGCAUGGAUUUUCCACACAAGACAGAAUUAGCCUGUUAAAAUACACUGUAAAUACUGUAAAUAACCAUGUAGUUUCCUUAAUAAAGGUGAUUGAGCUACAUGGUAAACUGAACUUGUACACCAGUGCCACUUUUUUUUUUUUUUUUGAAAGGGUUUAAUGGGUAAGGAAACAGGUUUCUUGUAAACUGACAAUGGCUCAUUAUAUCUGUCAAAACUGUAUUUCCUUAUGGCAGUGAUAAGAUGACUGUGAGCCAGUCACGUAGCCUGCGGUUAGUCAUCCUCUAAAGGCAUGGAAGGGCUUACACUAAUGGAAAUUUUAAUUUCACAAUUUGUUUUAUAUCCCUUUUUUGUAUGCAAUACCGAACUCCCUUUGAAUAAAUAAAUAAAAGCAGUCAAUGUA